CGUAGCAGCGGUGGAACUUCCGCUUUGGAUUUCUCAGCAGUAUCGAAAACCAGACGUCCAAUUUCAGGAUGCAUCUGUCCCGGAUUGGAAUUUACAUGAAGAGGAGAAAGCGGAGCUCCUCUCAAGCCUGAACAUUAUUGUCUUCCUCCCUCUGGCCAUCAGCCGCUCAGCCUCUUCAGAUUGGUGCUCAUCCCCCUCGCCCCUCGCCAACAUGCUGUGUUGGGGGAAUGCAAAGGACGGACAGUUGGGUAUUGGUUCGGAGAGGAACCCCGUGUUUGAGCCAAGAGCCUGUCCUGUGUUCAGUGGCAGGGGAUUGAAAGAGGUCGCCUGUGGAGGGCAACACUCAGUAUUCCUGCUGCAUGAUGGUAGUGUGUACACAUGUGGCUCUAACAGCUGUGGACAGCUGGGCCACGACAAGCCAGGGACUUACCCAGAGCUAAUAGGAGCUCUGGAUACUCAGAAGAUAACAAUGGUGACGAGUGGUCGGGCCCAUUCUAUGGCGGUGAAUGAGCAGGGUCAAGUUUUUGCCUGGGGAGCCGGUGAAGGGGGUCAGCUCGGCCUUGGGACUGCAGAGGUGGCUGUUCGCAUCCCAAGGUUGGUCAAAAGACUGUGUGACCACCGCAUCUCCCAAGUAAUGUGUGGAAAUCAGCACUGCAUCGCACUUUCUAGAGACGGCCAGCUGUUUUCGUGGGGCCAGAACACCAGCGGUCAGCUCGGCCUGGGAAAAGGAGAGCCCAGCAAGCUGUUCCCCCAUCCCCUGAAGUCUCUGGCAGGAAUUCCUUUGGCGCAGAUAACCGCCGGGGGAGACCACAGCUUUGCACUCUCCUUGUCUGGAGCUGUAUUUGGCUGGGGCAAAAACAGAGCGGGACAGCUGGGUCUCAACGAUAAACAAGAUCGUGCCGUCCCAUGCCACAUCAAAUUUUUGCGAUCUCAAAAAGUUGUUUACAUCAGCUGCGGAGAUGAACAUACAGCAGCACUCACAAAGGAUGGUGGUUUGUUUACGUUUGGAGAUGGCUCGUGGGGUCAGCUGGGUCACGGCUCCAACAAUAAUGAAAUUUUACCCAGACGAGUGCUGGAGCUCAUGGGUACUGAAGUGACCCAGAUCGCCUGCGGCAGGCACCACACGUUGGCAUUUGUGCCUUCCUCUGGUAUGGUGUAUGCGUUUGGUUGUAACAGCCAUGGCCAGCUCGGCGCAGGAUUACUCGGGGAUGCCAGAGGCCAUUUUCCUGUGAAGACCACUUUACUGACUGGACAUUUCCGUAGAACAGAAUCAAAACAAUAUAUAGUGACCAAAAUCAUCUGUGGAGGAGACCAUAGUUUCUUAUUAUACUCUAAUGAACAGAGCUCAGUCCCCCCAGAAGACUUCAGAGUGAUUGAUAUCAGUAAAAGCCUCUGCCCCAUAAACUAUGAAAGGUUAAAUUCAUGGAGGUUAAAACUGAUGUACAGCACAGAUUCUAGUAUCACAAAUGAUAUAAUAGUUCAACUCUCAUCUACGGCUUGUUGGAAUGCUAGCUUCUUGGACCAAAGUGAUGAUACCCACUUCAAAACCAACCCCAAAAUCCCAGGCAUCGAUCUCAACUCUGUCAGACUGCUAUUUGAGACACUCAGCAAACCGGCCUUCUCUGGACUUCUGGAGCAGGCCACCAAGAGUUUUGAGAGUCUGUUGAUUCCUCAGCUGCCGCACUCUCCUCCUGAUGUCGAGGCCAUGAGGAUCUACCUCAUCUUGUCCGAGUGUCCGGCUCUGCAGGAUUCCAAGAACUACAUCCGCCUCACUAUCCCCCUGGCGAUGGCCAUCCUCCGGCUAGACGCCAACCCCAGCAAAGUAUUGGACAACUGGUGGUGUUUUGUGGACGGCAGCGUGUUCACCAGAAUGGUCGACAUGUACAAGAGCAUCGUCGUGUUUAUGCUGACGGGAGGAAAGACGCUGCUCGUACCGGUGUUCUACCAGAACUAUUUUCUUGCCACACUAAGGCUGCUGGAAAAACUCCACAAGGUGAACUUAAAGGCCCACCAUGUGGAGUACAACCGCUUUUAUAUUCCUGACAUCACCAGCCUGGUGGACAUCCAGGAAGACUACCUCAAAUGGUUUCUGAGUAAAGCUGAAAUUAAAAUGGGAUCGUCCCCUUCGCAGAGUGACUUUCCCUCGGUGAACCUAUGUGCCUACCCGUUCAUACUGAACGCCCAAGCCAAGACAACCAUGCUGCAGACAGAUGCUGAACUGCAAAUGCAGAUGGCAGUAAGUGGUGCAAACCUACACAAUGUCUUCAUGCUGCUCACACUGGAACCCCACCUUGCCAGGAAUCCUUACCUGGUGCUCCACGUGCGCAGGAACCAUUUAGUAAGUGACACUCUGCGUGAGCUCACCAUGUACUCUGACGUGGACCUCAAGAAACCACUCAAGGUGAUCUUUGACGGAGAGGAGGCCGUAGACGCAGGCGGAGUAACAAAAGAGUUCUUCCUGCUGCUGUUAAAGGAGCUGAUGGAUCCUGUUUAUGGGAUGUUCACUCAUUAUAAAGAGUCCAACCUGCUGUGGUUCUCAGACAAAUGUUUUGUAGAGCAGAAGUGGUUUCACUUGAUCGGGAUCAUCUGCGGUCUGGCCAUCUACAACUCCACAGUGGUGGACCUCCACUUCCCCCUGGCUCUCUACAAGAAGCUGCUUGAUGUAUCACCAAUGCUGGAGGACUUCAAGGAGCUCUCCCCCACCGAGGCCAGGAGUCUACAACAACUUUUAGACUAUGAAGGAGGUGAUGUGGAGGAGAUGUUUCUUCUCAACUUUGCUAUCACCAGGGAGAACUACGGGAUGACAGAAGUCAAGGAGCUGAUCCCUGGAGGAGAGAGCAUCAGCGUGGACAAAAACAACAGGAAGGAGUUUGUGGAGGCCUACCUGCGCUAUGUGUUCUCAGACUCUGUGAGCGAGCAGUACUCGGCCUUCUCCUCCGGUUUCCUGAAGGUGUGCGGAGGGGAGAUCCUGCUGCUGUUCCAGCCGUCCGAGCUGAUGGCCAUGGUUGUCGGCAACAACAACUAUAACUGGGAGGAGAUGGAGAAGAACGCCGCUUACAAAGGGGAAUACACAGCCACUCAUCCAACAGUCAGAUUGUUCUGGGAGGUUUUCCACGAAUUCCCUCUGGAAAAGAAGAAGCAGUUCUUAUUGUUCCUGACCGGCAGCGACCGCAUCCCCAUUCACGGCAUGGAAAGCCUGCGCAUCAUCAUCCAGUCCACCACAGCCGAGGAGCACUACCUGCCGGUGGCCCACACCUGCUACAACCUGCUGGACAUGCCCCGCUACCAGACCAAAGAGAUCCUGCGCCGCCGUCUCACCCAGGCUGUGGAGCAGUACGAGGGCUUCAGCCUGGUCUGAUGAGGGGCAGGAGAUCUGCAGCAGUUUUAACGCACUUUAACAGCAAUACAUGUCACACCUGUCAGUGUCAAAAGAGUGUAAGGGGGGACUGUGGCACGCAGGGAGAUCACUCUCUUUAUAUGCGCUUACAAGAUUGUAAAGAAUCUUGAAUCUGAAAGGUCUAUCUAUGUAAAUGCAAAGUAUUAUUGUUUUUAUUUCUUUGGGCAAAGUUUCUCAACCUUUCAGGAACGUUUGAAGGGAGCUAAUAAAUGGAUAUUUGUGUAAAAUAUAUCAUAGUCUUAAAAAAAAAAAGAUUACUGAUGUAUACCAUAUUGAAAUUCACAGGAAAGCCUGGAUCAUAAAAAUUUUAGGUUCCAAAAUCAAAGGCCAGAGAAGGUUGAGAAACUAUGUUUUUGAGUGUAAUCGCGUAGUUUAUUUAUUUAUUUCCCUCCCCAAAGCUGUGUAUUUUAUAUUCAAGUUAUUAAAUUCUAUUUUUCACCUUUUAAAUAAUUAUGUUAUUACCUUGAAACAAGACAGUAUAUCUGCUUUUUGUUACUUUUAAUUUAUUAAAUAGAGUUGUUAUUUUUCAACAAAAUAAAUCUGUAUAUAUGUGUGUGCAAAUUGCACUUUGAAUAUAACAUCUACCCCUGACUUUGGAAUGAGUGCUCAACAGGCUGAUCCUUUUAAAUCUGGAAACCAGCAUGUCCUCUCUGCCGGAUUUAAAAAAAAAAAAAAAAAAAAGAAGACGAAUGAAGAGUAUCUGGCAGGCAGAGGGGUGCAGGGUGAAACAUGGUGAAUAUUAUUUGCAAUCCCUUGUUCCUUUUUAGCUGUGGAUCACAGAGCAGCUGAAUUUGUCUUUGAACCCGCAUUCAACAGUGUUGCCUUCUACAGCAAAAACCUACUAUAUGGACAAUAGAGACGCGGACUUUUUAAAAGUUUAUUUUUAGUGGAUGUUGUCUGUGUGCAUGUUGUUGAGUGAAAGUCAAACCCUGAUUUUCAUUGAAAACUCUUGACAUUUUGGGGAAUAGUAGCUUGUUAGCUUGGUGGCGGGGAGUCAGGUCAGAGGGUCGGUGCCGCUCUCGCGGCGGUCCCAAAUGCUGCAUUCACGCACUGUCCGACUUGGGAGCGUUCGUGUGAUCUUCCGAGGUGCUGAGCCCUAGCGCUAAUCUUACAGUCAACACCAGAUAAACAGUCCGUACUAGCAACGUUUGUUGGUUUGACCCAAUGUAUCUAGCUCCUCUUAUUACCGCCAACAUUGGACUUUAUUUUAACUGCCAUUCUCACUACAGUCUGUGGACACGUCUGUAGUUCUUCUCACUGAAUGGGAAGCUAGCGUCGGUGUCGGAUUUCACGAGUCCGGGGCUGAUGUGAGCGGUUUUCCCCCACGUAGCUGCGGUUUAAACGAUAAGACGUGGACGCGGCAUGAGGGUGCCACUGGCGGUCGGUUAGCUUAGCUUAGCACAGAGACUGGACACGGGGGAAACCGCCAUCCUGGUCCUGUCCGGCGGUUACAAAACCUGGCUACCAGCGCCACCAAAGCUCACUAAUUAACACGUUACACCUCGUUAGUUUAAUCAUACAAAAGUUGAAUUGUAAAAACGUUAUUUUUACAGUGGGUAACGUGCCAGAGCGUUUUUUUUUCGUGGCUGGUGCCGGUGUCGCAGUAUUUUGUGACCCUCAAGAUCCUGUGACCUAAUGCAGAAAGGAAUUUCUACUGGAAUAUUUUUGUCAGUGCAAACAUUUUAAUUAUUCUUUGCUGCAUGUGUUAUUUUAGUAGGUGUUACCAAACAGGGGGCUACCAUGAUGUUUACAUAGCAGUGGUGGAGAACAUUUACUCAAAUACUGUAGUAUUUGAGGUGCUAGUACUUUUGAGUAUUUCCAAUUUAUGACACUUACUACUACUUUUUACUCCACUGCAUUUAUUUUGACUGCUUUAUGUAGUGAUUACAUUACUACUUAGGAUUUCACAUGAAUAUGAUUCUUUGUUAUAUUUUAAUCUACUGAACAAUAUAUACAAGUAGAGCUGAAACUAUUUGUUUCAGUUUUGACUCUGGGUAAAUGUGACGGUAUUUCAGAUUUUGUUUUUUGUUUUUUAUCAAACCAAAUAAUUAAAGAAAAAUGUAAAAAAAAAAAAAAAAGUGAAUAAAUGUAUCAGUUAUAAUGAUGUAAUGAUAUGAUAUAUAAUAGUGCAACAAUAACGGGACAUUGCGCUGCAUUGAGUACUUCAAGUACAUUUUCCUGAGUAUACCUACAUACGGUUACUAAAGUAACAUUUUCAAUACAGGACUAUUACUUGUGACGGUUUACUUUUACAUAGUGGUAUUAGUACUUUUAUUUAAGUCAAAGAUCUGAACACUUCCUACUCCACCACUGUGAGGUGGACGGGUGUCUGACGGGUGACGUAAAACAGCUCUGGCGUGUUCCUUGGUUGCAUGGCAACCGCGGAGCGCCAAGAAAUGGUCAGUUACAAAACCUCCUAAAACGAGAAUGAGCCUUUUUACUGUUUUGUUUCGUUUUGUUUUUGUUUUUUUACGAAAUAAACAAAU